AUUGCAUGCAUUUUUAUAUAUGUACAUUCAAGUUUCUUCAUCAUAUAUAUAUAGUUGAUAACAAUCUGAAGCUAUUUGUGAAACCCAAAUUUAUAUAGCUUACAGCUAAAGUUAAGAUGGAGUACUCACAUGAACAUAGAGAUGGUCACUCUAAUCCGCAUCGAAAAGCUGAAUCCUCUAAUGUAGGAGUCGACCCAAACCCUCAAGGAUCAUUUAAAGUCCCUAUCAAAGCUCUAAACAUCAUAUGGGGAAAUGAUCCCCGUUUUUGGCAACUGAUUAGUCUUUCAGAAGAGGAAACUCAGUUGACAGGGUUCAAAGAUGGUGCAGUGCUGCUCCAAGUGAACUGGAUUGAGGUCACAGGGAAAGUACCUUCUUCCAAUUUCUCCAAGGAAGCUCCGGCUUCAAAAUAUGAAAUAUACUAUAUUGUGAAGUUCAAGGUGGAUGCUUUUGGGUGGCAUUCUGUUCCAAUCAAAUUCAAGGUGAGAAUCAAUGGAGAAGAGACUGUGAAGAGCAUGAACCUCGAGUCCUACCGGGAGAAAAAUGACGUGUGGCAUGAGAUCCCCGGCGGCGAAUUCUCAGUUGUCAAGGAGAGUACUGCUGGGAAUGUGGAGUUUGGUAUGUUUGAAGUUGAGAGUGACUGGUGGAAAGGAGGCAUGGUUCUUGCAGGAAUCAAAAUUAAGCCAAAAGUAGCUAAUUAAGAAUGGCAGAAGGCCUUAAUUUGUUGUGGGGUGUUUGAGGUUAAGACUUGAGACUUGAGAGAGUGUUUAAGUUUUGUUAUGUUCCAUCAUCAUUUAGUAUUUAUACAUAGGUAUACGCAUGCUUUAGUUUUAUUGUAUUAGAAAAUGUACUAGGAAAAAAUAAAUCAAAUAUUUGUUUGCAAAAGAAGUAACUUGUAUUUUAUUCACCUAGCCAUUCGGUUCGUCUGGAAAAUAUGUUAAAUAUUUGACCCCACUACUUUUAAGUA